AGUACCCACACGAAAACGCUCAACUUAACAGAACCUCAGUCUUAUAUCAUACAUAUUUUAAAACGUUAGCAGAGGAAAAUGGAUGUUCGAUUUAUCGGGUUACUUUUUGUAAUAUUUCCGUGUUUCUUUAAGGAAUCUCAUAGCAGAGGUAUAUAUAAACCGGCACUCACUGAAGGCGUCGAAGUCAUUGCAGAGACAGUUCGUUUAAUGACAGCAGCGGAGAGUGAUAAUGUCAGACUAAGGAUAGAGAAGCGUUCUGACGAGGAUGACGGUAACAGUGCUUCUACAGACACCUCUGACUCCAGUACCAGCGACGCCAGUAACAGUGUUUCUACGGAAGACUCUGGCUCUAGUACCGAUGAGGCAUCAAACAGGAAGAAGCGUUCGGACGGUGAUGACAGUAACAGUGCUUCUACAGACACCUCUGACUCCAGCACCGGUGAUGACGGUAACAGUGCUUCUACAGAAACCUCUGACUCCAGCACCGGUGAUGACGGUAACAGUGCUUCUACAGAAACCUCUGACUUCAGUACCGGUGAUGACGGUAACAGUGCUUCUACAGAAACCUCUGACUUCAGUACCAGCGACGCUAGUAACAGUGUUUCUACGAAAGACUCUGACUCUAAUACCGAUGAGGCAUCAAAGAGGAAGAAACGUUCUGACGGUGAUGACGGUAACAGUGCUUCUACAGACACCUCUGACUCCAGUACCAGCGACGACAGUAACAGUGUUUCUACGGAAGACUCUGGCUCUAGUACCGAUGAGGCAUCAAACAGGAAGAAGCGUUCUGACGGUGAUGUCGGUAACAGUGCUUCUACAGACACCUCUGACUCUAGUACCGGAGAUGACGGUAACAGUGCAUCUACAGAAACCUCUGACUCCAGUACCAGCGACGCUAGUAACAGUGUUUCUACGGAAGACUCUAACUCUAAUACUGAUGAGGCAUCAAACAGGAAGAAGCGUUCUGACGGUGAUGACGGUAACAGUGCUUCUACAGAAACCUCUGACUCUAGUACCGGUGAUGACGGUAACAGUGCAUCUACAGAAACCUCUGACUCCAGUACCAGCGACGCCAGUAACAGUGUUUCUACGGAAGACUCUGACUCUAAUACCGAUGAGGCAUCAAACAGGAAGAAGCGUUCUGACGGUGAUGACGGUAACAGUGCUUCUACAGUAACCUCUGACUCCAGUACCAGUGACGCCAGUAACAGUGUUUCUACGGAAGACUCUGGCUCUAAUACCGAUGAGGCAUCAAACAGGAAGAAGCGUUCUGACGGUGAUGACGGUAACAGUGCUUCUACAGAAACCUCUGACUCCAGUACCAGCGACGCCAGUAACAGCGCUUCUACAGAAACCUCUGACUUUAGUACCAGCGAAGACAGUAACAGUGUUUCUACGGAAGAUUCUGGCUCUAGUACCGAUGAGGCAUCAAACAGGAAGAAGCGUUCUGACGGUGAUGACGGUAACAGUGCUUCUACAGAAACCUCUGACUCCAAUACCAGCGACGCCAGUAACAGUGCUUCUACAGAAACCUCUGACUCCAAUACCAGCGACGCCAGUAACAGUGCUUCUACAGAAACCUCUGACUCUAGUACCAGCGAAAACAGUAACAGUGUCUCUACGGAAGACGCUGGCUCUAGUGCCGAUGAGGCAUCAAACAGGAAGAAGCGUUCGGACGGUGAUGACAGUAACAGUGAUUUUACAGAAACCUCUGACUCCAGUACCAGCGACGCCAGUAACAGUGCUUUUACGGAAGACACUGACUCUAGUACCGAUGAGACAUCAAACAGGAAGAAGCGUUCUUUAGGUUGAUGCAUUUGCACUAUUACAACAGAAGGAAUUUCUAUCAAAAUUAAAGUUACUUAAUUUUCACGUUAAUGUUUUGAUUUACUUUCACUCUAUCUUUGGCGUUAACGCAUCAAUUUCAUAUCAGCAAAGCAGAGGUGGUUUCAUGAAUUAGUUCGAGAAUUUAGAAUUUCAACGAUUUUUAUUUUUUUGCUGCUUUGUUUUAUCCAGAUAGAUAUACAUGGCAACGAAGUAUCUUGUUGCUCUUUAUAGUAUGAUCCAAACCUUCGUUUGUUAACAUGUGCGUGUAAAAAUAAUUCUAGAAAUAUAUGCAUACUUUGUCUAGAAAGCAGCUCUUUUAAAGUAAACUUCUUUAUCAUUUUUCGACAAGCAUUGUACAUACCUGCAAUGAGAUAUUCUCAAUAAAACUGACGAUCAUCUACUCCCGUCGAACUGUACAGUAGUGUUUGAGGAAAAGACAAACAUCUCGGCUAAAUGAACAGGCGUAAUUAGAAACGGACUCAUUUGCAAUACAGGUGCAUAUCGUUCCUAUGUAUUUCAUUUGGUACAAAAAGGGUACGAAUUGCCUAGAUUUAUAAUUACAGGAUCAGAAACGUGUCAUUUCGUCCGCUUGUUCUGCGUAAACUACAACACUCAAACAACGUUCCAACUACCUGUUCUGGUAGAACAGUGUGCUUGUCAAGACAAUAUACGAUAGCGAAAGUUGACAAAUCUCAAUUUCUCACCUUGAGCUCGUACGUUGUUAUAUGGUGAGCUGAAACAUGAAUGCAUUGAAUUUCACUUUCUGAUGGUCUUUAAAUGUGCAUCGCAUCCAACUCCAUAUUCCAAGCUGACAGCUGUUUCUGCUGGACAAUUCCGACCGCAUACUGAGCUCACGAAGUCAUCAAUGUCUUUUCUUAUUUACGUGCAAAUUUCAUAUCGAACAGGUGACUUCGUUGGUGACGUGAUAUUUUCUUCUGUUUUUUUGUUUUUCGUUUUUUAAUUUCAUACAUUCAUUUUCCUUGAGUAAAGUAUUUUCUUUAUACAAUAAUUAUAACAUACUGCACAUGAAACAUUCAUUAAGUAUUUUAUGGAUUUUGAACACAAAUCGUUUUAAUUUCAGGGGAGGGCCGUCAUUAAUGUUGGAAAAACUUGUGGUCCAAUCCAUUACUUUUCAUUUAAAACGUGUUAAUUGUAAUGUGUUAUAAUAACUACCUAUAUGCAUUUAUAUUAGCAAUAAAAUACAGUUAAAUCAAAA